AUGGGUAUCCAGGGUCUCCUACCUAUGCUGAAGGAGAUACAAGAGAGCGGACAUAUUGAGCACUUUAGAGGGAAAAGAUUAGCGGUAGAUGCCUAUGUAUGGCUCCACAAAGGGGCAUUUGGAUGUGCCGAGGCUCUAGUCAAAGGACAGGUAAAUACGAAAUUCGUCGACUAUGCGAUGCAUCGCGUGAGGCUACUUCGGCACUAUGGUAUCGAACCAUACAUUGUCUUCGAUGGUGGACCGCUACCCGCGAAGAAAGUGACAGAAGUAGCCAGAGCUAAAUCCCGAGCUGAGAGUCUCGCGAAAGCGCGGUCACUGGAGUCACAAGGGAGAGGGCACCAGGCUAGAGACCACUACACAAAAUGCUUGGAUAUAACCCCGGAGUUGGCAUUUCAGCUCAUCAAGGCAUUGAGAGCCGAAGAAGUAGACUACAUUGUUGCUCCUUAUGAAGCAGAUGCACAAUUGUGUUAUCUCGAGCGGGAGGGUAUUGUCGACGGUAUCAUCACGGAGGACUCGGAUCUUUUGGUGUUUGGAUGCAAACAGGUCAUAUUCAAGCUAGAUGGUCAAGGUCAUUGCGUUUGGAUCAACCGGGAGCGAUUCGGCGAGACCUCUUCGUUUCCAAUGCAUGGAUGGACUGACGUAGAGUUCCGACGUAUGACUAUGCUAUCUGGGUGUGACUAUCUGCCAUCGAUUCAAGGGAUGGGUCUCAAGACUGCUCAUAGGAUGCUGAGACGAUGCAAGACGGUAGAAAAGACACUCGCCACCGUACGCAUGGAGGGAUCAAUGGAUAUUCCUUCGACAUAUCUAGCUCAAUUUGCGCAAGCGGAGCUCGCCUUCAUGUACCAAAGAGUAUAUUGUCCAAGAGCACAGAGGAUCAUAACACUGAACGAGCUGCCUGAAGUGGGGAUCAGUGAAGACGAUCACAAGUGGAUCGGCUUGUGA